AGUGUUAUGGCAUUAGUGCACCCUUUUUUAAAUGUGGAGCUAUUCACAUUAAUUGAUGUGUGGUUCUUUUCAAAUGAAGUGGAUCUCUUUAUUAUGGAAUUUUGGAACAAAUUAUAUAAAAGAAGAAAAUCAUUUCUAAGAUUGAGAGAAUGCCACGUUAGACAGAAAAUAAAUUAUCAAACGUGGCUGAAUACUUACGACGACAUUGAUUUCUUCAGAUUAUUCAGAAUGCAGAAAAGUACAUUUUAUAAAUUGCUCGCAACUCUUAUUGAAGUCGACGUAAUUAGGUUAAUACACAAGAAAUACAGAGGAGGAAACUGUGUUGUUCAGCCAGAGAAAGGAUUAUUAGUUUUUUUAUGGUACAUUUCAAAGCAAGAUACUUUGUUAUCAAUUGCUGAUCGUUUCAAUUUAGUCCCCUCGACAGUAAUGUCCAUAGUGAAUGCUUUUCUAUACACAAUUCUAAAAUUAAAAUCGAAAUAUAUAUUUUGGCCCAAGACAAACGAAGAAUACCAACAUAUUUGUGAUGAAUUUUCUAAUUAUCCAAAUGUGAUAGGGGCUGUUGAUGGUACUCAUAUUAAUGUUAAGGUACCUAGCCACCAACACGACAGCUACGUAAAUCGAUACCAGAAUCAUUCCAUUAAUUGUAUGGCGAUAUGUACGUCACAAAAAUUGUUUACUUACGUUUUUGUGGGAUACCCAGGUUCAGCGCAUGAUUCGAGGGUGUUUUCAAAUUCAUCAUUAGUACGUCAUAUAGAACAGUAUGGGAAACAGAAGUACUUUCCUCGCGAUGAAUAUGCAUUAAUCGGAGAUAGUGCCUUUCCGUUAAAACCGUGGUUGAUGAAGCCAUAUUCAAGGCGAAACAAUUUAACCAGAAAAGAACGUCAUCACAACUUUUGCCUGAGUUCUGACAGAGUGUGUAUCGAAAAUGCGUUUGGAAUUUUAAAAGGUAGAUGGGCUCGGCUGAAAUUUAUCAACACAUAUUCCAUUAGCAAAGCAAUAGAAAUAACUACAGCAGCCUGUAUACUUCAUAAUUACUGUUAUAUGAAUGAUGAUCAGUGGGAAGAGGAAAUUGAAAUAGAUCACGACAAUGAAGAAGAAGAAUACGUAGAUGAUAGGGAGGCCUAUAGGCUGGCGAAAGAAAAAAGAGAUAAUAUUGCCACAUUUUUAUUUAAUAACAGAAUAUAAUGUCUGCAAUAAAAAAUAAAUAAACAAUUCUAACAAAAUAAUCUUUCUUUUAGUAUAACAAUACAAUUACGAUUACAGGGUUAAUCUGAAUCUUCAG